ACGUCACAAUUUCAAAAGUUCUGACAACUAAACGGUUUUGUUUGUUUCAUGAGAGUUUAUUUUUGUUUUCUUGUAAUUAUUUGAAAGUAAUAUAAUAAUCAAUGGCUUAAUUUCGCUGAAUUGUGCUGUGUUAUUGUUAAUAUUGUUUGUGUAACCUUCAAAAUAAGAUAAUAAAACGGCGAAAUAAUGCCGAAAACGAAGAUUCCUUCGCCAGCACGAUCGCAGGGAGCUACGACUCCAAAACGUAAGAAGUCGCGAGGCAGUCGCAGUGUAUGCUCUCCAGCAUUAUCUACGGCCUCAGGAAGACUGACUUCCCUCAUAGACCAGUUCAAAGAGAAGAAUAUGGAGUCUUUUGCCCUGUCUCCGUUGAAUAGAAGAUCCAUAUUGAAUGAUGAUACUGCUAUUGAAGAACCACGGCGACAAAGUUGGUGGAAAAAGUUGAAAGAGGAUUCUCACGAAAUAAUGGAAGUGUUGGAGGAAAAUAAGGUUGCUGAUAGUGGCAACAAUGCUAUUGAGGAGCUCAUUGAUAUUGAAGUCUUGAGCCAAGAGAAGAAAGAGUACACCCUUGAUUUACCAGAGAGUAGCGACAACGAAUCAAUAAACAGCAUAGUGUUACCACAACGGAAACUAUUUACACAGAAAGAGAACAAACCACAAAAGAAGUUUGGCCAAUUCAGUGACAACCGAGAAACAUUGGCCAAACUACAUAAAACCAAUACACAAGGUGAUAAAACCGUAAAUGUUGGAACUAGAGAGUUGUUUCAAAAUGCAAAAAGGUCCAAACCAAUAUUCCCUGCCGCCUUACUCAAUAUAUCUCCUAACAAAACUGCUAUGGACAAAACUAAGGAAAACAUACUACCAGAGCCCAAAGUCAGAAAUAUCUUUGGCAACCGACCAGCAAAUAAAAGGAAGAAUAUGUUUGCCGACUUCGUUGUGUCUGAGAGUGAGGAUGAAAUACCUGAGUUACAGCCUCGAGUGUUUGGCUUUCAAAAGAAACUGGAACAGCGACGAAUUAGUUCUAUCUCUAAAGGGAGAGAAGGAUCCCCAGCAUCAAGCAUCACUACUGAUAUGGAAAUGGAUGAUUGGAAGCUUUUACCAUCCUCAACAAUGGUCGAAAAUCAACUGGAAGACAUAGUGGCUGGUCACACACCGAAACGGGCAAGGCUCAGUAAAUUAUCUGAAGCUAAAGAAUCUGAAGCAGGAACUCUACAAACAAAUACUACUGGUGACAAAACUAAAUCGUCUAAUAAAUCUAUUAUGUCUAAAAAUAAAUCCAAGUCUUCACCAGAUAUGAAAGAUAAAUCUUUAAACAGCUCCAGAACUACGAGAAGUAUGUUGAAAAAUGCUUCGAAACUUGAAGAGAAAACUGAACCUAAACAAGAUACCAAAACUCAGAGUAAAAUAUCUACCAAAGAUAAUGAAUUAGAUGUGAGCUCGUCCAAAGCAACUAAACAAAAUACCUCAAUGAACAAAUCUCUACGACUGAAUAAAAGCAGAACAAGAAACAGUUCGAAAUUAAAUGAGGAAGAAAUGGAAACUGAUGAAAAUGUCGUUAAAAAUGCUAUUAACGAUGCAACACGAGUGAUAAGCAAGAAUGCUUCAAGUGCUACAGUCGCUAGUAAAAGCAUAAAUGAAAAGGAACGCACAAUAACUCUUAAAGUACAUGAUAAAGCAAGUGAAACUGGUUCUAAUAAGGAAGAAGAUGAGAAUAACUUCGUCUUACAAUAUGAAGACGAAAUCAUAGAAGAAGCAACCAACCACAAUGAAAUUAACGAAAACAAAACCAGUAAAAUCAAAAACAGAAAUACCAUUGUUAUAGAAAAGGAUCAAGAAACCGACGUCAAUGAAUCAAAGAGUAACAAAUCCGUACAAAAAGAAUCCAAACAAGCUAAAACAGUUGAAGAAUCUGUUGAAUCACAGAAUGAACAAUCUGGAAAUGAUAAUAUUGAUGGUAAUGAAGUAGAAGAGCUCGCGAUUGAAGAAAAUCAUGAGAGUGACGAUGGAGAGAAAAUCAGUCGUGAAUUGAAUGAAGAAUCAAAUAAUAGCGAAGGGAAUGAUGAAAGAAAUGUAACUGAAGAUAAUGAAGAUCAAGAAAAUGACGAAGAAAUGAAUGAAAGUCAAGAACAUGACGAAGAAAUUAAUUUAAGUCAAGAAAGCAAUAGAGAUGAAGCCGUUUUAAGCAGAGUUGAUGAAGAAAAUGAAAGUGAAGUUAAUGAGGAGAAUGAAAACGAAGAUGAUGUCAAUGAAAGCAACGAAAGUGAAGAACAAAAUGAGAGUCAAGAAGUCGAAGCAGAGGUUGAUGAAAGCCAAGAAAUAGAAGAACAAAACGAAAGCCAAGAAAUUGAGAAUGAAGCUAAUGAAAGCCAAGAAGUGAAUGAAGAGGCUGACGAUAGCAAAGUUGAAGAAAAUGCUUCAGAAGACGAAGAAGAAAACCAAGAAGUUGAGAAUGAUGAAGAAGAGGAGAAUGUAGAGGAAAGUCAAGAAGUAGAUAAUGAAGAGAGCCAGGAAAUAGAAAAUCAAGAUGUAGAACAUGAAGUAAGUCAAGAAUCAGAACAGGAGGUUAGUCAAGAAGUUGAGAAUGAGGAAGAAAAUGAAGAGGAGAAUGAUGAGGAAGACCAAGAAGUUGAACAGGACGUAGAAAAUCAGAGUGAGGAUGAUAUAGAGGACCAAGUAGAGGAUCAAAGUCAAGAGGUUGAGAAUGACGAAGAAAAUGAUGAAGAGGAAAACGAAGAAAGCCAAGAGAUAGAGAACGAUGAAGAAAAUCAAGCAGAAAGUGAGGCUGAAGUAAACGAAAGUCAAGAAAUCGAAAAUGAUCAAGAAAUGGAUGACAGUGACGAAGCUGAUAGAGCUAUCGCUAGUGAUCCGGAGAUUUCUGAUCAAGACGACAAUGGUGCUGAUGAAAUGGAAGUUGAUGAUGAUGACAACAAUGAGCAAGAAUCGGAAAAUGAAGAAGAAACUGAAGGAAAUCAAGAAGAGAGUCAAGAAGAACAACAGGAACCAAGCGCAGAAGAAAUAGAAGAAUCACCAAAUGUAACACACGAUACCACAGGCAGACAUAGACAGAAAGUACUCAAAUCACCUGAAGCUAUCCUGCACGAUAAGACCAACCAAAUGGACUCAUUCACAGCCAAAGGCCGCAACACUAGUAUAAGAAAAACAAAAAGCAUGAUCAAGAAUCUUAACAUCAGACCGAGUUUAGCUCCUCAAAGGGACAGUUUAGCCUUCUCUGAUGGGACAAGAGACUCAAGCGCUGAAGGAUCAGGUUGGGAUUCCCAUAGAACAACCAGAAAAACGCUGCGACAAACGUUUGGAAAAGAUUUCACUCCUAGAAAGUCUCUUAGAGCACUAGUCAUGGAGAAAUCAGCUAAAAGACAAACGGAACAUAUGGAUCUCCAUUCUGAAACUUCGAAAUAUCCUCAAGCUAAUUCUACGGAGUUGCCGGAGGACUCCAAUGGUCAUGUUGAAGAUUUCGUGGAGUCUGACCAUGAAGUGUCGAGACGAACGCGGCAGACGACCUUGGAAACGUAUUUACAGAAGAUCAAACAAAAAAAUCUUGAGAAUAAAGUUAAAAUGGAAGAGUUAGUGCGGAAUUCACUGAAAGCACCGGCAAGGGACACAUUAAGCCUCUUCAAAGUACCAAACAAGCCAGCGCCGCGUCGCUUGAAGCCCACACAAAAUAAACCUAGAACACAAGUGAAGGCAAUCACAGCGUUCGGCGAAUUACCUACGGAAGUCAUCGAGGAUAUGAAAUACAAACCACCGAAGAGAUUCCAACCAACAAACGCGUCCUGGAUCACCAAGAGACUGUACAAGUUCUUGGAAACUAAAUUGGAGCCCAAGUACGACUACAAAGCCCGCGUGCGCGCAGAGAAGCUAGUUGAGACGAUAUACCACUUCGCGAAGGACCUGCGGCGACACGACGUGGCACCAACGGACGCGGUCGACGUACUAAAGCAUGAGCUAGCGAGGCUCGAAGUGGUACAAACGCACUUUGAGUUCUACGAAUUCUUCCACGAGUUCAUGCCGAGAGAAGUUCGUGUUAAGGUGGUUCCGGAUAUCGUGAACAAAAUACCUCUGCCCAGGCACGGAGUAUUCUCAGACAUACUAAGAGGGAACAAUGUACAAGGAUAGCAGUAUUUUCCUUAAUAAUAUUGUUUAAGAUGAGUUUGUUAAUUAUGG